UGUAUUUACUGCGACAUACUCCCUUGUAUGUGACAAGUCCGUCUCUUUGGUGCAGCUGUCAACUGGUACCACACACUUCGUCAGCAGUAUUAUUAUUAUUAUUAUUUUAUUUUAUUUUAUUUUAUUCUUCUAUAUUGAAUAUCUUGGGUGGUGAAAAUAUCCUAUCAGCUGUUAUAUCGUUUUUUUUUAAAGCUGAGCGAAGUCGAUUUAAAAAGCCAUACAUACAGUAAUCUAUAUGUAUGUCUUUUGAAAAUACACCCUUUAUUCUGAUAAGACCAAGUGAGAUUUUAUUUCUUCCUCUUAUAUUGUAAACAGUUUGUAAAUAGUUUUCAUUUAAUUUCGAAGACAGGCAUUCCAAACUCAACCGAGUUUCAGUUAUCUAUCUAUCUAUCUGUUUAUAAUAGAUGCCUCUUUUUGCAUAUAUCCACGCAAAAUAUAUGUAUAAUGUAAAUGUAUAUAAACAUAGUUUUUGGCACAUGGGUUAAAAUUGGCAUAUUAUUCACAAGUUAUUCCUUGUGUAAAAGAGGUUAAAUACAAAUGCCAUAUCCGUUCUGAUUUGACUGUUGUCAUCUGUGUGUGUGUUGUUAUUCUAUUGUAUCUGCCAAAUUAUUUUUUUAAUUUUAUCUGUUUACAUAUCUGUACUUCGGUUUCUAGACAGUAGUCUUUUCUUUGUGUUGAGUUUUUUUUCUCUCUCCUAUAAUUCAGUUGACGUAUCAUUUAAAAAUAAGGAACGAUGUAAGCCUAGGAAAAAAAAUAUUUAUAAGAGCAGAAAUACAUAUACAUUCAUUGACAUAUACACACGGGUUCAUACUUGAUAUGUAUGUUCAUCGACGGUUAUAUGUAUAUAAUACAUAUAUAUAUACACACAUAUAUAUAUAUAUAUAGGAAACAAAAAUGAACUCUAAGUAAAGGGUCCGAGUUGUGUAAUGUUUUUGGUCUGUUAUCUAAUCAGCUGAAAUUUCAACUCCGGUCCGUCAUCACUGACAGGUGCAAUGAUGAAGGCCAGCACAGAACUGUGGCAUGUUUGGAGGAUGGCCGCUCUUUUGGUGUCUUGUUGAUAUGAGUUCCAACAACGACUUUCAGCCGGAUACUUUGGAUACUGUUAUUAAUGUGUUUGGAUUGACUCCCAAGGAUCCACUUAACGGAUUUUUGGAAAUGUGGUAUCAAAUAUUUUUGUGGGCCCUAUUCUCAUCAGUCUUUGUUCACCUAAUAGCUGCCGUCAUCGCAUUUAGUCGACUCAGGAAACACAAGCUCGGUCGAUGGAUUCCCAUGCUGAUUAUCAUUAUGGGGGUGUUAUCUCCCUUGACUGGCGGCAUUCUCUCUAGUGCUGCAAUUGCAGGUGUGUAUCGUGCAGCGAAUUUUGAAAUGCGUCCCCUUUAUGCUCUCUUCUUUGGUGUUCUGCAGACUGUUGGUGUGAUCCUGAUUUCAUUGACACGAUUCCUCAGCACCUUAUGAUACAUGUGGCCAUCACCUCUCCAAUAUAUAGUUUCUGGGAACACUUUAAUGAACGGGUGCUGUUUUUCACCCCCUCAUCGUCAUCAUUAUUUAACAUCAUUAUUGUUAUGACUACUAUCAGAGUAGCAAACUUGGUGCAGACCACAGCAUCUAAUUCAAUACCUCACAGAUGGUCUUGGUGCAGACCACGGCAUCUAGUUCAACGUCUCACAUUGCUCACGUGGACUUGGUGCAUACCAAAUCAUCUUGUUCAAUGCAUUAUGUCUCCCAGGUGGACUUAUUGCAGACUGCAGCAGCUUCUUCCAUGUCUCACAGCAUCUCAGUUUUUGGUCACUGGCUUUGCCUUUCAUUCGUCUGGCAGUGAGUUUGAUAGAACAACUGCCAUUAGCAAACUGAGGCCAAUGAAAACAGCUAUGAUACCUUCCUUACAAAUUUGGUUCUGUACCUAGAGGAAAAAAAUUGUUGUUAUUGUUAUUAUUUAUUAUUAUCAUCAUCACCAUCAUAAUCAUUUUGAUUAACACCACUAUUAUUUGUAACUGACCUUAUUUUUUGCUGUUCCCCACCUAUUUUUACUAUUUAUUUUUUUCCAUUUUGUCUCUGUGAAAAAUCAGAGUAUUCAAGAGUCAGAUUUUGAGAUCUAGUACUCAAGGCAGAUAACAAUCAAACUUUUACAACUAUAA